UUAAACUGAAGUUAAAUUCUAAAGCAUAGUAUAAAACAUAGCGUUCGACCCUCACUGACGAAAACGCUGCGUUCGACGAUCUGAUGGUUUCCUGCUACCUGUAAGUUCUGUGGUAUCACUAUCGUCCUCUCUAAAAUCUGAUCAUUUUUUCUGUUUUUUUGGUCUGCGAGUGCGACGGCGAGUUCGGAAAAUACGAUCAAUCAGUCCGAUCGGAUUCCGAUUUCGAAAUUUGAAAUCCGGCGAAGCAGAAUAUCCCCGAGAAAUGCAAUUCUUCGGAGGAACGGAGAUAAGCCCGUCGCUGCCGGCGUCGACGGCUUCGGGGAACAACGGGCACAUGAUGUACGUAUUCAACCGUAACGGCGUCUGCCUCCUCUACCGCGAGUGGAAUCGGCCGCUCCACACCCUGAACCAGCAGCAGGAUCACAAGCUGAUGUUCGGGCUCCUCUUCUCCCUCAAGUCCCUCACCGCCAAGAUGGAUCCCACCACGCCUGACAAGGCCAACCUCGGUGUCCCUCAGCUCCCCGGGCAGGGCUGCUCCUUCCACAGCUUCCGCACCAAUACCUACAAGCUCACUUUCAUGGAGUCCCCUUCUGGCAUUAAGAUUAUAUUGGUUACACAUCCUAGAACUGGUGACUUGAGGGAGUCUCUGAAGUACAUUUACAACUUGUAUGUCGAGUAUGUUGUGAAGAACCCGCUCUACACUCCCGGUACUCCGAUCAGCUAACAAAUUUGUAAGAUUAAGGAUCCACAGGGCUACAAUUUCCUUUACCCGUCUCCACCAAUUGGCCGCUUGGUGGCCAUGGUAGAACCAGGCAAGCUAGAUCAACUCCAUCUCCGUCAGACUGCACGCCACCCCCCGCCCCCUUCCUGCGCAGGCACCACCUCAGGCACCAUCUCUUUCCCUUCCUCACCUCUCCUCCCAACCACAAAACACACCAUUAUCAGCGGGGAUAGAUCAUAGAUUGUCGCUGCACAAAAUGGUUGAGCUAAACUUCAUUUGGUGUUCCUUGCCGGUAUGACUGACUUUUUGCUAGCAAAUUACCAAGUUUUUCUUAUAGGUACCCCUAUUAUUUUGAGCAAAUUUUAUUUCUUGGUGAAGAUGAAAUGAUUGAAAUGGAAAAGAUUGAUUUAUGGACCAAAAUAAUUAUUCGCAACCGCAA